AUGGUUCAGGAGCCCAUGGGAAACUGUGCCAAGCGGCCUCGACACCGGGGCCCGAAGGACCACUGGCAGUGGCCCAGCUCCCCCCCAGGGGGCUCCCGCCACAGCCGUGGCCCCGGCCCCGGCCCUGAGGAGCAGGGGGGCCCAGGGCCGGGCAUCCAGGGCUACUCGGUGCUCAACAGCCUGGUGGGGCCCGCCUGCAUCUUCCUGCGGCCCAGCAUCGCCGCCACCCAACUCGACCGGGAGCUGCGGCCAGAGGAGAUCGAAGAGCUGCAGGUGGCCUUCCAGGAGUUUGACCGAGACCGGGACGGCUACAUCGGCUACCGGGAGCUGGGCGCCUGCAUGCGUACGCUGGGCUACAUGCCCACUGAGAUGGAGCUCAUUGAGAUCUCACAGCAAAUCAGUGGUGGAAAGGUGGACUUUGAAGACUUUGUGGAGCUGAUGGGCCCCAAGCUGCUGGCAGAGACGGCAGACAUGAUCGGCGUCAGGGAGCUACGGGACGCCUUUCGGGAGUUUGACACCAACGGGGACGGCUGCAUCAGCUUGGCUGAGCUGCGCGCAGCCCUCAAGGCCCUGCUGGGGGAGCGCCUCAGCCAGCGGGAGGUGGACGAGAUCCUCCAUGACAUUGACCUCAACGGGGACGGCCUGGUGGACUUUGAAGAGUUUGUGCGAAUGAUGUCUCGCUGA